UGACCUAUUUUAUAAUUUUCUUUUUGGAUUUUUUUUAGUGUUUAUAAACAAUGUAUAAAUCAUAAAUUAAUACAAAAAUAAUUAAAAAAAAACAGGUUAUUUACGACAACACACAACAGGUUAGACAUUUUAUUUUUAUAUUAAGGUAAGCUUAAAAAUUAAUAAUGUCCCCUAAUUUUAUUAUUUCAAAAAUUAGUAAUGCUGAAUAUAAAGAAAAAUCACCAGUAAGUAUAACAUACGGUAAGUUAGAGACCAAAUACGGAAAAUCUGUUCUAGCAUUCUUAGAAAAACAGAUUUGUUUUGUGUCUUUUGGUGAUGAUUUCAAUUCUGGUAUCAAAGUUUUACAAACCAAUUUUCCAACUGCUGACUUUACCUGUGAUGAUAGUAUAGCAACAAGUAAAAUACACUAUUUUGAUCCAAAUACCACAGAAGAUAUUAAACUAAUCUUGAAGGGAACAGAAUUUGAAAUUAUGGUUUGGGAAUACCUGCUUCAAAUUAAGGAGGGCACUACAGUACCAUAUGAGGAAGUAGCGAAAGGAAUCGGCAAACCAACAGCUGUAAGAGCUGUGGCGAAUGCAAUAGGGAAGAAUAAUAUAGCAUUUUUUAUUCCGUGCCAUAGAGUCAUUAGCAAGACUGGAGAUCCUGGAAAAUAUGGAUGGGGAAGAGAUCGAAAACUGAAAAUGUUGGCUGAUGAAAACGUUUUUUUCUAAUAAUCAUUCUUGUUACAAUUUAUAUAUUUUUUCAGAAAUAAAUCAAUCAACGAAA